GUCGCGCACGUCCGGUUAGCCACGGAGCCGCUCCUUCCCCUCAGCUGCGGCAGCGAGGUUUUUCCCAGCCCGUUUCGCGACCCUCAGCCUCCACCCGAGCGCCAUGGCUCCGGCUAGGAAGGGCGGCAGUCGGGUCGCCAAGACCAACUCGUUACGGAGCCGGAAGCUCGCCUCCUUUCUUAGGGACUUCGACCGUGAAGUGCAGAUACGAUCCAAACAAAUUCAGUCAGACCGGCAGAACCUCCUCAAGGAGAUGGAUAACCUGUACAACAUCGAGAUCCUGCGGCUCCCCAGGGUGCUGCGCGAGAUGAACUGGCUCGACUACUUUGCCCUUGGAGGAAACAAACAGGCCUUGGAAGAGGCAGCAACGGCUGACCUGGACAUCACAGAAAUAAACAAACUAACAGCAGAAGCUAUUCAGACACCCUUGAAAUCUGCCAAAACACGAAAGAUCAUAAAGGUGGAUGAAAUGAUACUGGAAGAGGAAGAAGAAGAAAAUAAGAAUAAGAAUCUUCACACUGCAAGAGUCAAAAGGUGUCCUCCAUCCAGGAAGAGAACCCAGUCCAUACAAGGAAAAGGCAGAAGUAAAAGGUCAAGCCACUGUAACACUGUCACCCCAGCCGUGGGCCGGCUGGAGCUGUCUAUGGUGAAACCAACUCCAGGCUUGACGCCCAGGUUUGACUCGAGGGUCUUCAAGACCCCAGGCCUGCGCACUCCAGCAGCCAGAGAGCGGAUUUACAACAUCUCCGUGAAUGGCAGCCCUCUCGCCGACAGCAAAGAGGUUUUCCUCACAGUGCCGGUGGGCGGUGGAGAGAGCAUGCGAUUACUGGCCAGUGACUUGCAGAGGAUGGACAUCGCGCAGCUGGACCCGGAGGCCUUGGGCAACAUUAAGAAGCUCUCUAGCCGCCUCGCCCAGAUCUGCAGCAGCAUACGGACUCACAAAUGAGGCUCGGGCUGCUGUCUCAAGAAGCCAGACUUGACAGGAUGGACCUUUGAUGGGCACUUCCAGGACCCUGGAGACUUCUUCCCUGAAUUCAGGCUUAUUGUGUGUUCGGGUGUGAAGUUCCAGAGCAGGGAGUGGUGUUCCUCUGGGAGAAUCUGGGAAGCGGGGAGACAUGCUGCCCCCACAUCGCUUAGAUAGAGCUCUGCCGUUCACACCUCCCAACCCAACUGCCUGCUGCAUCCGUGCCGUCGCGGCUUCCUGUCAUUCUCCUGGCAGAAUUCUCCUUCCUGCUCUGAGCUGCCACCUUCUGCCUCCUGUAACCCGGCACCCUCUCUGCCCCGCCCCCACUCCGGUGGAGGUGGCAUGAAAGAGGCUCAUGUUCCGGGAAGACCGCCUGCCCCUCCUCGUUGGAGAGCCCUCCGCUUGUGGCUGGGAACUUUAAGCUCAGAGAAGCGUGAGCUCUGGGCCGCGGGAGGACAGAUCCGGAAAGCUGGGAGGAUCCGUACAAAUGGGGACAGGACAGCAGGACGGGCCGUGUCCCCACAGCAGAGCACCUCUCACCCCGGCCCCACCCCAGCCCUCUCUGGUGGGUGCUCUGUGGGGCUUCGGCAUCUUGUGCUCGCUGUGGCCCGCAUGCUUCUCCAAGCUGGCUUGUGGAACGCUGUUUCGUAUUUACCCCUUUAUUGAAGACCAAAAACUGGUUUGGCGGCGGCUUCCGUGUCUGGCUCCUCUACCUCUCUAGUCGGUAGGAAUUUGGAUAGGACAGUUCUAGGGCUUCGCUUAGUCUAGGGUUUUCAUGGGACCGGCUACAGAUGAGCCGUCUCAGCUCUCUCUAGUUCACGGACCUUGCAGGGACCGCUUCCUCCUAUAGGGUUCACUGAGGGGGGCAGAUGAACCCUGCCCGGGGGCCUUGCUCCUCACGUUCAGCCUGUGCUCCGGGCAUUGGCUAGUUAUUCAGAGUCAGCACCUGCCCCCCCGAAGAAUCAUGAGAUGUGGUCCAAACCACGGGGACUGAGAAUUCCCUCCCCAGGCCCAAGGGCACUGGGAUCUCAUGUGUGACUCUGCCUUCUACCUGGUGUUACUUUGCUAUGUGACCCUCCUAGUGAUCCAGUCCCGUCGCAGCUCUGUUCCUUUUAGGUUGUUUUCUUCUCCUUUUCCUGAGAUUUGUGUGCAGAUUGUAUUCCUGAGUCAUGGCGUCUCUCAGCUGUUCUAAUUCGAGCUACUGAAAGGUACCUGUUUUCAAUAAAUUGUGGGUUUGUUUUUAACCAGUA